GCGCGGGAUUGCUCCCACCCGGUCCCCCAGCCCUAGGCCCCCCAAAUCCACGCCCAGCCCUCGCCUUGCAGGCCCCGCCUCACGCGCAGAGGCCUCACCCACCGCCCGUCCUGCCCACCGCAGCCACAGGCAGCUGCUGGGGCGCCUGUCCUGGGGGAUCCCACGGCCACGGACGCCAUGGAGGUCGUGUUGAUCUUUGUCUGCAGCCUGCUGGCUCCUGCUGCCCUGGUCAGUGCCGCUGAGCAGGAGAAGGACCCCUUCCAUUAUGACUAUCAGAGCCUGAGGAUUGGGGGGCUGGUGUUUGCUGUGGUCCUGUUUCUGGUGGGGAUCCUGCUGAUCCUGAGUCGCAGAUGCAAGUGCAGCUUUAAUCAGAAGCCCCGCAACAGAGCCCCAGAAAGCAGAGAACUGAGGGAUCACAGUGUAGAAGGAGGCAGCUCCAAGGGAGAUGUGGACCCGUUUCACUAUGACUAUGAGACUGUACGGAAGGGCGGCCUCAUCUUCGCGGCCAUCGCCUUUGUGCUGGGCCUCCUCAUCAUCCUCAGCAAAAGUCUGCGAUGUGGAGGCAAGAAACAUCGGCCAGGAGAUGAAGAUGAGCUGUGAUAACUGAGCUAACCAAGAUCACCGCUUCCCCAGGACCCUUAAGACACCUUCCCUGGAUCCCUGUCACCCUGGUGGUCAUGGCCCCUCCUCUCCUCACCCCCUUCAGCUGCCAAUAAAAUUGCCUCAGACCCUA